AUGAGAGAGCAAAAGGAUAGCCGUGCUGGAUCAAAUCAAGACCGUGUUUCGUCCACUCUCCUUCACCUCGUCGGCUCUUCCAAUGUUGAUGUGAAAAAUGCAAUGACCUUCAGUGGCCCCCUGGAAGACAUGUUUGGGUACACAGUCCAACAGUAUGAAAAUGAGGAAGGGAAAUGGGUACUUAUUGGUUCACCAUUAGUCGGCCAACCUGAGAAAAGAACAGGAGAUGUAUACAAAUGCCCUGUAGGAAGGGACAACCAAUCACCCUGCAUAAAACUGAACUUACCAGCUGCUACUUCAGUUCCUAACGUCGUGGAAGUAAAAGAAAACAUGACUCUUGGAACAACCUUAGUGACUAACCCAAAAGGAGGUUUUCUGGCAUGUGGACCACUUUAUGCUUAUAAAUGUGGGCGUUUGCAUUAUACAACUGGAGUUUGCUCUAAUGUCAGCUCCACUUUUGAAACCAUCGAGGCGAUUGCUCCGUCUGUUCAAGUUUGUAAAACCCAGUUGGACAUUGUCAUAGUCCUUGAUGGGUCCAACAGCAUUUAUCCAUGGGAGAGUGUCACAGCCUUCCUAAACAGCCUCCUGAAAAACAUGGAUAUAGGUCCUCAGCAAACACAGGUUGGAAUUGUUCAGUAUGGGCAGACUGUGGUCCAUGAAUUUUUCCUGAAUACGUACUCAACAACAGAAGAUGUGAUGGCUGCAGCCACGAGAAUACGCCAGCGGGGUGGCACACAAACAAUGACAGCCCUGGGAAUAGAUACAGCAAGGAAAGAGGCUUUCACUGAGGCUUAUGGCGCCCGAAGAGGAGUACAAAAAGUAAUGGUUAUUGUGACUGAUGGGGAGUCACACGACAACUACAGAUUAAAAGAAGUGAUUGAUAAUUGUGAAGAUGAAAACAUUCAAAGAUUUGCUAUUGCUAUACUUGGCAGCUACAGCAGAGGAAAUUUAAGUACUGAAAAAUUUGUAGAGGAAAUAAAAUCUAUUGCCAGUAAGCCUACUGAAAAGCAUUUCUUCAAUGUCUCAGAUGAAUUAGCCCUUCUAACUAUUGUUGAAGCACUUGGAGAGAGAAUAUUUGCCCUGGAAGCCACAACAGACCAGCAGGCUGCCUCAUUUGAGAUGGAAAUGUCUCAAGCUGGUUUCAGUGCUCAUUAUUCUCAGGAUUGGAUCAUGCUUGGAGCAGUUGGAGCAUAUGACUGGAAUGGCACGGUGCUCAUGGUGAAGGACAGUGGUAUUUCAAUGCCAAAUAAUGACACUUUUCGUGACAGGCUUUCAGAAAGAAAUGAACCUCUUGCAGCCUAUCUAGGAUAUGCUGUGAAUUCAGCAUUGACACCUGGAGGCAUACUGUACAUAGCAGGACAGCCACGCUACAAUCACACUGGCCAAGUUAUCAUUUAUAAAAUGGAAGGACGAGAGGUACAAGUACUUCAGAGGUUAAAUGGAGAACAAAUUGGGUCAUACUUUGGGGGUGUUAUUACCACAGUUGACGUCGAUAGGGACUCAUUUACAGACCUUCUUCUUGUUGGAGCUCCUAUGUAUAUGGGAACUGAGAAAGAAGAGCAAGGAAAAGUAUAUGUUUAUGGUCUGAACAAGACAAAGUUUGAAUAUCAGAUGAGUCUCGAACCUAUAAAGCAAACAUGCUGUUCACCAUUAAAACAGGACACCUGCAAAGUUCUUAAGAAUGAGCCUUGUGGUGCACGCUUUGGGACUGCAAUUGCUGCAGUGAAGGAUCUCAACCUUGAUGGAUAUAAUGACAUUGUGAUAGGUUCUCCCUUAGAGGAUGAUCAUCGGGGAGCUGUUUAUAUUUAUCAUGGCCAUGGCAACACAAUCAGUAAAAAAUACUCACAGCGUAUUGCAUCAGGUGGAGAUGGGGAAAAAGUGAAAUUUUUUGGCCAAUCUGUGCAUGGACAAAUGGAUUUAAACAAUGACGGGCUGAUUGAUGUCACCAUUGGAGGCCUUGGUGGGGCUGCCCUCUUCUGGUCUCGUGAUGUGGCUGAAGUAAAUGUUUCCAUGCAAUUUACACCCAAAAGCAUCAAUAUCCAACAACAAAAUUGUCAGAUAAAUAAAAGAAAAACAAUAUGCAUAAAUACCACAAUUUGUUUUAAGACCAGACUAAAGUCAAAGGAAGAUACAUUUGAAUCCAGUCUGCAGUAUUGGAUUACUCUUGACUCACAAAGACAAAUAUCUCGAAGCUUGUUCACAGAAAGCCAUGAGAGGAAAAUGCAAAAAAAUAUAACUAUCAAAGGGUCAGAAUGUAUUAAACAUAACUUCUACAUGUUGGAUAAGCCUGAUUUUCAGGACUCUGUAAAGGUUUUGCUAGAGUUCAAUUUUUCUGAUCCAGAGAGUGGACCUGUUCUUGAUAGCAAUCUGCCAAAUUCAAUAUCUGAAUAUAUUCCUUUCACAAAAGAUUGUGGAGCCAAAAAUAAAUGCAUUUCAGAUCUUGUUCUGAAUGUAAAAGCAAGCAUAGCUGGAGACAGCUCUUCUCCAUUCAUUGUAAAGUCACGCAAUGAUAAAUUCACCAUCCAGCUCUCAGUGAGGAAUAAAAAAGACAGUGCCUAUAAUACCAGAGUUUUGGUUCAGUAUUCUCCAAAUAUUAUUUUUGCUGGAAUUGAGGAUAUACAGAAAGAUAGCUGUGAAUCUAAUCACAACAUCACCUGUAAAGUGGGAUAUCCAUUUCUAAAACCUGCAGAAGAGAUUUCCUUCAAAAUAUCAUUCCAAUUCAAUGCAUCGUAUCUCUUGGAAAAUGCUUCUGUUUAUGUAUAUGCAACAAGUGACAGUGAAGAACCGCCUGAGACCUUGAGUGACAACAGAGGACACGUUACAAUUCCAGUAAAAUACGAAGUAGGAUUAAUAUUUGUAAGUGUUUUCAAAGAGCACCAUGUUAUAAUUGCAGCAAAUGAUACUGUCCCUACUGCUAUUAACACAACAGAACAGAUCGGGGAUGAAGUUACUCUACAUUAUAGGAUUGAAAAAGGUGAACACUUUCCAAUGCCAAACCUCACACUGCAGAUCUUAUUUCCCAAUGUAACAGCAGCCAAGAACACUCUUCUCUACCUUACUGCAUUGUCACAUUCCCAAAAUGCCAUCUGCCAAACUAGUUACCCUGUAGAUCCCUUAAAGAUCAGCACUGGGAAACCAUUUGUGUUGCCAAAAAUAAAAGAACCUACAAAGGAUACAAUUAUGGACUGUGAUACAUACAGCUGUGCAUCUAUUAAUUGUGCUCUGGUCCCAUCUGACAUAUAUCAAGUGAAUGUUUCCUUAAGAGUAUGGAAACCUACCAUCAUAAAAGCCAGUAUUCACAGCUUAACCCUUGUUGUGAAAGCAUUACUUAGGAGUGAGAACUCAUCACUGAUUUUGAGAAAUGACCAUCAAAAACUGGAGACCAUGAUUAAGAUUUCCAAAGAACUCCCACCGGGUACAGUCCCCUUAUGGGUUAUACUCCUAAGUAUCUUCGCUGGACUCUUGAUUCUUGCACUGCUUAUAUUUGCUUUGUGGAAGGCUGGAUUUUUCAAAAGACCACUAAAGAAGAAAAUGGAGAAAUGAAGAAAAAAAAAAAAGCAAUUUUUGCUCAGGUCUGCCUCAAAAAUAUUACUGUAGAAUUAUAAACUUAGAUGCAAUGGUCACAAAGUUUUCUAAACUCUGGUGCAUUA